AUGGAGGACUUCAAGGACUACGAUGACAUUGAGUUGGAGGAGACAGAAAAGACGUAUCCUCAAUAUGACGACCUCAAUUAUGAUGACCUAACAACAGCUUUUAGUAGGUUGGACACAAAGGUGAAGGGAGAGGCUAUGUAUGGUGAUGACCCUUUAGUAAUAACUGAUCUUAAAAGUGACCUAGACUAUGUAAAGAAUCUCAUGGAGAGACGUGCAAUAGAAGAAACAACUUUCACCGAAGGAAAUGAUGGUACAGUGAACAUCUCCGGUCCAUCAGGAAGCACAACCGUUCAAGGAGUCGACUUCGUAGAAGAUCCAAACAAUGUACUUCCAGACGUGCUAGAUGCAUUUGAUGAAUCAUUUGACGCUGACUGGGACGAAAUAAAGAUCCGUCUGAGUAAACUGAAAAAGUUCUCAGAAGACCAACUCACAGCAAGUAAGAAAAGAGACUUUGAAAACCAAGUAGAACGUGUUCAUGCUGUCACAAGAGUUAUCAAGGGUAAGGAGGGACUGAUACUGGAUCCUAGGAAUAGACAUGUCAGGGAACUCAUCAAUCGAUCAUCUGUCAGAACACUCAAUGAUGGCACAGAGGUGUUGGUAUUUAGAAGUGAACAAGGUAUUAACAAGAGUGGCACCCAAAUAACGAAACGUGGUAAGACCAAGAUUCCAGUGUACUCAAAAUGUUGGAAACAUACGAAAGCGAGGACUUUACGAGAGAGCAAUUAG